AUGGAUGAUUACACCGUACCACCACCUCCCGUCUAUUCACCAGCCGAAGGCGAGGUCCAAGAUGAGAAGAGGCUCAGACAGGUGGAACCUAACGAGCAGUUGGAAUUCAUUCCCCUCAACACAAAUAGACCAGAAGCCAUGGCAGGGAUUAGCAGUGAAAUGGCAUCUGAAGUGCAGCAUGAUGAAUGCUUAAGGGAUACAGACCCUAAACCCGAGUUGUAUGUUGAUUGUCCAUUUUCCAACACAUACAAUCCCAAUUGGAGAAACCACCCAAAUCUCAGCUGGAGGAAUGAGCAAUCAGCUCAACUCCCCAUUCAUGCACCCGGUCCUUCCCAAUAUACAACCAAUCCAAAUUCAACAUCAUCGGGGCCACCUCAAUAUCCUAUUGCAGCACAUUUUGGUCAGAGGAGAAACCUUGAGGAGACUGUCCAGCAAACGGGAACAACCCUCCAGCAAUUCAUGCAAGGGCAAGCAUCAAUAAAUACACAAAAUGUUCAAACCUUUAAUGACAUCAGAAGGACCUUGACCAAAAUUUAUGCAACCCUGAGCAUCCAAGAGAAAGGGAAAUUCCCUGCCCAGCCCCAACCCAAUCCUCAAGGUCAAAUUCAUCAAGUGUCAGAAAUGGGGGAGGGCUCUAACUUGAAGCAAGUAAAAGCUGUCACCACCUUAAGGAGUGGUAAAACUUUUGAAAACCCUAGUCCUGAGAGCACAAGUGGUAAGAUUUACCUGGAGGAGGACUCCAGGCCUUCUAGAGAAAUGCAAAGACUCAAUCCUUCAAUGAAAGAAGUAGUUAAAAAGGAGGUCCUUAAACUGUUGGAUGUGGGUAUUAUUUACUACAUCUCUAAUACUAGGUGGGUCAGCACCAUACAAGUGGUUCCAAAACAAUAUGGGUUGACUGUAAUAAAAAAUGAAGAAAAUGAGUUCGUCCCCACAAGGGUAACUACAGGCUGGAGAAUGUGUAUUGACUAUAGGAAACUUAAUGCUUCCACUAGGAAAGACCAUUUUCCCUUGCCAUUUCUUGACCAAGUCUUGGAGAAGGUAGCUGAACAUGCAUUUUAUUGUUUUCUAGAUGGGUUCUCAGGCUAUUAUCAAAUUGAAAUAGCACCUGAAGACCAAGAUAGAAUUACCUUCACAUGCCAAUUUGGAACCUUUGCAUUUAGAAGGAUGCCUUUUGGGUUGUGUAACGCCCCAGCAACUUUUGAAAGGUGCAUGCUCAGCAUAUUCAGUGAUUUAAUUGAGAUUGGUCUAGAAGUUUUCAUGGAUGAUUUCUCAAUUUUUGGGAACACUUUUGAGAAAUGUUUGACUAAUUUGCAAGCUGUUUUGGCCAGGUGUGAGGAGAAAAACUUAUUGCUCAACUGGGAAAAGUGCCAUUUUAUGGCUCAACAGGGUAUAGUAUUAGGACACAUAGUGUCCUCAAAGGGUAUUUAAGUGGAUAAAAAAAAAAUAGACCUGAUUUCUAAGCUACCCAGACCUAAAACUGUGAAGGACAUUAGAUCAUUUUUAGGACAUACUGGAUUUUAUAGAAGAUUUAUACAAGUUACUUAUGCAUGA